AUGCCUUCUUUAGUUGACGAGGAGCCUAAGGCUUCUGGCAGAUUACUCUUAGUAUCCAACAGAUUACCCAUCACCAUUAAACGGGCGGAUGAUGGUCAAUAUAGUUUCUCUCAGUCUUCAGGUGGUUUGGUAACAGGUUUGAGUGGGCUGGCAAAGACUACCACAUUUCAGUGGUAUGGUUGGCCAGGUUUGGAAGUGCCAGAUUCAGAGGCUAAACCUUUGGUUAAGAGACUGAAGGAUGAAUAUGGUGCUCACCCAGUUUUUAUCGACGAUGAAUUGGCCGAUAAACAUUACAAUGGGUUUUCUAAUUCUAUCCUUUGGCCUCUAUUCCAUUAUCAUCCAGGAGAGAUUACAUUCGACGAAUCAUCAUGGGUUGCAUACAAGGAGGUUAACAGGUUAUUUGCGCAAACGAUAGCUAAGGAUGUACAAGAUGGUGAUUUGAUCUGGGUUCACGAUUAUCAUCUUAUGCUACUCCCAGAAAUGUUACGCGAUGAAAUCGGAUCGACCAAGAAGAAUGUCAAGAUUGGCUUCUUCCUUCAUACACCUUUCCCUUCCAGUGAGAUAUACAGAAUCCUACCGGUUAGAGAAUCUUUGUUGUUGAGCGUCCUUCAUUGCGACUUGAUCGGAUUUCAUACAUACGAUUAUGCUAGACAUUUCCUUAGCAGUUGCUCUAGAAUUUUGGAAACACAAACAACACCCAAUGGUGUCGAGUUCCGUGGUAAAUAUGUCACAGUAGCAGCUUUCCCUAUUGGUAUCGAUCCCGAGAAAUUUAUCGAAGCUCUUCAAAAGAAAUCAGUUGAAGAACGUAUCGCUCAAUUAGAGCGCAAAUUUGAAGGUGUCAAACUCAUCGUCGGAGUCGACAGACUAGAUUAUAUUAAGGGUGUUCCCCAAAAAUUACACGCCCUUGAGGUUUUCCUCACGGAACACCCUGAAUGGAUUGGCAAAGUAGUUCUCGUUCAAGUCGCUGUCCCCUCUCGUCAAGACGUUGAAGAAUAUCAAAACUUACGCGCUGUCGUCAAUGAAUUGGUUGGCCGUAUCAACGGUCGUUUUGGUACCAUCGAAUUCAUGCCCAUUCAUUUCCUUCAUCAAUCCGUCAGUUUUGAGGAACUCACCGCCCUCUACGCCGUCUCCGAUGCUUGUCUCGUAUCUAGUACUCGCGAUGGCAUGAAUCUCGUCUCUUACGAAUACAUCGCCACACAGCGCAAACGUCACGGAGUAAUGAUCCUUUCCGAAUUCACAGGUGCAGCACAAUCUCUCAAUGGUGCUCUUAUCGUUAAUCCAUGGAAUACUGAAGAACUUGCCGAUGCAAUCCAUGAUGCGGUAACGAUGUCUCCUGAACAAAGAGAAAUUAAUUUCAAGAAGUUGGAAAAAUACGUCUUUAAAUAUACGAGCUCAUGGUGGGGUGAAAGUUUCGUCAGUGAAUUGCAGAGGAUUAGUGAACAUGCUGCGAAAAAAGCAAGUAGUAAGGGUGUUGUUGGGAAAGUUCAGGAGUUGGUAGAUGGUGUCAAACAGUUUAACUUGGGUGAGCAGAGAGAAGAUGGGAGAUUGGAACCGGGAGAGUUUGAUGAUUAG